AUGAAGUUCCUCUGGUCCAUCGCUCUCUUCGCUGCUGCUGCUUCUGCUCAGUCUUCGACUGACUCCGGCGCUGCUGCUCCCUCUGCCUCUAGCGAGUGCGAGGCUGAGUACAUUGUCAAGAGAUGUCUCGAGACCGAGAACGCAAAGGUCCAGGACUGCAAGUCUAACGACUGGGACUGUCUCUGUGCUUCGUAUGAGGCCGUUGCUACCUGCUUCAACAACUGCCCAGACGACCCUCGUGCCAGCUCCGCCCAGAGCCAGGUCCAGAUCAACUGCCAGCAGGCCUCUCUCUACGGCACUGCGACCAAGGCCACCAAGACUAGCUCUUCCACAGCAACAGCUGGCGCUUCAGAUGCUACCGCCACUGAUUCCGAUGCACCUGAUGCGACUAGCUCUGCUACUGAGUCUGCCGCCAGCGCUGAGAGCACUAACAAUGCUGCCGACAAGGCACGCAACACUGCUGGUGUUCUUCUAGCCGUCGCUGGUGUCGUCGCUGCUAUUCUGUAA